GUGGCCACACACGUCGUAGUCGUGGAUUGUGCUCUCGGUCGCGUACCUUCCCCCGUCGGAUCGUCGCGCCCCAGUCUCUGUCCCAACCGCCCGCGGGUGUAAGCUCAACCAACGUUGGAUUGGCGAGCUUUUUUUUUAAAGGAGGAAGGGGGAGUAGUAGUUGUUCCUGUGGUGUUGAGAGGUUGCAAGUUUUGUCGCGGGACAGAUUUUGGGACAAGCCCGGAACUCGGUUUUGUGGAACGCAGCUUUGGGGUGGGUUUUCCGCGGACGGUUUGUGGUGUGGUGAAGGUCACCAGGAUAGCAAGCUAGAAACAGCAGCAUCAACAGGACGACAAAGUUAGUUAUCGUAAAGUGAUAACUGGAGCAGGGGGAGAAAAAGGAAAGACCCGGAAAAAAGUAAUCCCAUUUAUUGAACUAGAGGGCCAGCACGUGUGUUUGUGUGCGGGAAAAGCUCCAGGUGCAGCAGGUGCAGUGUUGCCAGUGUGUGCAGAAAAUCGAUUGCCUGGGAAGAAAAACGUGAAGUACAAAGAAUCCCUGGCACACAUAUCUGGGCUAAACGAGGGAAAAAAAAUCUCCAAAAAGUGACGAAAACAUCAAAAAGAAGCCAAAGAAGCAACAAAAAGAGUGUCACAAGUCAAACAGUGUGUUUAAGCUGAAAGUAGCUCUGGUGAAUCGGUUGCGGCUUGGGAGUUUAGCAGCAGUACGACGUAAUCCGGACCCCGGACCGAAAAGUUUUCAUCCAAAGCCCCACAAGAAAGGUUGGCAGAUGGUGUCGAACAACGGCGCUCGGCAGAAGAACCUGCGGGACUGAGCCGCACCGAGGGACACGCGCGCGCUCCACGCCGGUCGUAAUGAAUGCAAAUUUGGCCACGUUACGACCUGCUGCUGGGGUGUCCCAACCCGGACCUGCCGCCGACCACCGUGUUGUUGGCCAAGGGUACAAAUGAAGUCGGAGCAGCUAGAACGAGAACGAGGAGGGAAACCGUCAGCAAAUUUUACAGCCCUUUUUUAUAUAGGCCACAGACACACACAGAGAGAGAAGGGCCGGAAACCGGAGGAAUUGCUAUCGCAUAAUUAAAUCAAGACGCGCUUGGGAUCCAAGUGUGGGGCCAGAACUUGCAGCCGGACAGAUUUGCGCAAUCACGUUUCUCCCGGAGGAGAAGGAGGAGGAGGAGGCCAUAACAACAGAGACAACGACGACGACGACGACGACGACGCCAUCAACACAGGAAGUAGGCCAUGAAACGAGUUGAACUGUCACUGUUGCCACCGUACCUGCUGCUGCCGGCCUUUCUCGGCCUACUGCUGUUGCUGCUGCCGCUCGGUUGGGUUGACGGAUCGAGGCCGGGUGCAGGCCACCGGUUGGAUGUUUACAUUGCGGGUUUCUUCCCGUACGGGGAGGGCGUCGAGAACAGCGAAACGGGCCGGGGCGUGAUGCCCAGCGUCAAGCUGGCCCUGGACCAUGUCAACGAGCACUCGACCAUCCUGCGGAACUACCGGCUGCACAUGUGGUGGAACGACACCGAGUGCAACGCGGCCGUCGGAGUCAAGAGCUUCUUCGACAUGAUGCACUCGGGGCCGCACAAGCUGAUGCUGUUCGGAGCGGCCUGCACCCACGUGACCGAUCCCAUUGCCAAGGCCAGCAAGCACUGGCACCUGACGCAACUGUCCUACGCCGACACCCAUCCCAUGUUCACCAAGGACUCAUUUCCGAACUUCUUCCGGGUGGUCCCCUCGGAGAACGCCUUCAACGCGCCCCGUCUCGCCCUGCUCAAAGAGUUCAACUGGACUCGCAUCGGAACCAUCUACCAGAACGAACCCCGGUACGCACUCCCGCAUAACCACAUGGUCGCUGACCUUGACGCCAUGGGCACGGAGGUCGUCGAAACGCAGAGCUUCUCCAACGACGUCGAAGAACCGCUGCGGAAGCUCCGCGAAAAGGACGUCCGCAUCAUUCUGGCCAACUUCAACGAGUACUGGGGCCGGAAGGUGUUUUGCGAGGCGUUCCGGUCGGAGAUGUUCGGCCGGUCGUACCAGUGGCUCAUCAUGGGCACGUACGGUAACGAGUGGUGGGCGGAGAACGACACCGAUUGCAGCCCGGAGGAGGUCCGGGCGGCGCUCGAGUCGACCAUCAUGGUGGAUCUGCUGCCGCUGGCCACGAGCAAGGAGAUCACCAUAUCGGGCAUUACCGCCGACGAGUACCUGGCCGAGUACAACAGCCGGCGGGGCAACGAGUACUCGCGCUUCCACGGGUACACGUACGACGGCAUCUGGGCCGUCGCCAGCGCCAUCCAGUACGUGUCCCAGCGGAAGGAGCUCUCGCUGACGCACUUUGAGUACCGGAAUUCCCGCUGGGAGGACAUCUUCCUGGAGGCGCUCAAGAACACCAGCUUCGAGGGCGUUACGGGUCCGGUACGCUUCUACAACAACGAACGCAAGGCGAGCUUUCUGCUGAAGCAGUUUCAGAACAACGAAGAGGUCAAGAUCGGCGAGUACAGCUCGCUGACGAACCGGCUGGACCUGACGCUGGGCAAGCCGUUGAAGUGGGUGGGCCGGAGUCCGCCGAAGGACCGGACGUUGCGGAUCAUCGAGCACAGCCAGGUCAACAUUACGAUCUACGUGGUGCUGGCGAGUUUGUCAUGCGUCGGGAUCGUGAUGGCUUCCGUGUUUCUGGCCGUCAACAUCAAGUUCCGGAAUCAGAGGUACAUCAAGAUGAGUAGUCCCCACCUGAACAAUCUGAUUAUCAUCGGGUGCAUCUUGACGUACAUGAGUGUGAUCUUCUUGGGGUUGGACAGCGGGUUGAGCAGUGUGGCGGCCUUUCCGUACAUCUGUACGGCACGUGCCUGGCUGUUGAUGGCCGGCUUCAGUUUGGCGUUCGGGGCCAUGUUCUCCAAGACGUGGCGGGUGCACUCGAUCUUCACCGAUCUGAAGCUCAACAAGAAGGUCAUCAAGGACUACCAGCUGUUUAUCGUGGUCGGCGUGCUGCUCAGUCUGGAUCUGGCGAUCAUGACCACGUGGCAGAUCGCGGAUCCGUUCUACCGCGAGACCAAGCACAUUGAACCUUCGGAACACCCAACGCUGGAGGACGUGAUCAUCGUGCAGGAGAACGAGUACUGCCAAUCGAACCAGAUGUCGAUCUUCAUCGGGAUCAUCUACGCGUACAAGGGGCUGCUGCUGAUCUUCGGGGCGUUUCUGGCGUGGGAAACGCGUCACGUGUCCAUCCCGGCGCUGAACGACUCCAAGCACGUCGGCAUGUCCGUGUACAACUGCGUGAUCAUGUGCGUCAUGGGAGCGGCGAUCGCGCUCGUGCUGUCCGACCGGAAGGACGCCGUCUUCAUCCUGAUAUCGCUGUUUAUCAUCUUUUGUACGACGGCUACGCUGUGUUUGGUGUUUGUACCCAAGUUUGUAGAACUGAAGCGCAACCCGAGCGGAGUCGUAGACAAGAAGUGCCGCGCUACGCUGCGGCCCAUGUCCAAGAACCGUCGGGACUCGUCGGCGUGCGAGCUAGAGCAGCGCAUGAAGGACGUGAAGCAGACCAACUGCCGGUUCCGGAAGGUCCUGAUGGAGAAGGAAGCCGAACUGCAGGCCCUGGUCAAGCGACUGGGACCAGACGCCCGGGCCUGGAUAGGGCUGGAAACGUGCUCGUCCGAGCCGGACGUCAACAAGGAGACGGUCAAGAUCCAGGUCAAGAAGGACUACGCCAGCGAGGGAACCGAGUUCACAUCGAUCGGCAGUCUAGUUGGUUCCAGCAACGACACCCUGGAUUCCGUCGGACCAGAACGCAGGAAAAAGAAGACCACGGUGGUGCUGCCGGGUGAGGAACCUGCCACCACCACCAAGCCGCCACUCUCCUCUACCACCGUGGUCAACUCCAUCUCCAAGAGUAGCCUAACCAACACGGCCUCGGCGCCGGCCUCACUGCCAACGACGGUCACGACGGCGGCCCAGACGGUGCUGUCGACGACGGCUACCAGCCAAGCGAUGGCGGCGGCGGCGACGACGAACGGUGUCCAGCCGGCCACAAAUGCCAAGUCGUCGGUCACGUCCAACAGCAUUAGUGCGUGCACCAGCGUGCCGCAAGAUCCGAACAAGCCCAUGUUCAACAGCGAUGCGCGGAGGGAGUCGCUCGCAAGUUCCAAGUACUCGCCGGGGCAUAUCAAGGAUCGCUACGAGGACGACCGGCAGCAGUACCAGAACAUCACCAAGUCCAACACCCAGCUCAACUGCUCGUCGGCGACCUCGCUGAACCACUCGAACAACGACCUCAACCAGGUUUGUCACCACACCAAGCCCAGCAGCAAACCCAGAGGAGAACCUCCGAAUGAUUCAACGCGAAGGGUCAGCGUGCAGGCGACGACCUCGCUCAAGGGCAACUUUGUCGUGUCCCAGAGUGACCUGUGGGACACCCAAACGCUGAACCACGCCAAACAGCACCAGCGGCACUCGCCACGGGGACAAUCCCGCUGUCCGGACCACAGUCACCAGCAGCAGCAGCAGCAGUCUCAGCAACCUCCCCAGUACUCGGAUCACGAACGGAGCGAAGCCAGCGUGGCUGCCUCACCCGGUCCCAUCCAGCGUAGCGUGUCGGAGAAGAACCGUAGCAAGCACCGCCACAAGCAGAAAUCAACGACGGCCGCCGCCUGCCAGAGCGAAACCGACAGCGAGCGGGAACAACGCAGCGACUAUCAGAGCUACUCGGUGUGUUCAGCGGCCAUCGGUUCGUCCGCGACCAUGGUCAACUCGACAUCGCACCACUCGGCCGCCACCGCCGUCACCAAGGGCACCACCGCCAACUCGGUGUCCUCGUCACGUAAACUAUCGAAAUCACAGCACUCGCAUCACCACUCGACGCCAAACGUGGCCCCCGAGAAGAAGCACUCCAUGUCGGGCGGAUCGAUCGGAGGAGGAGGUGUAGGGGAAAGAGGGGGCUCCACUUCCGGCGGAGGGGGAUCGUCCCACAUCCGGCACCGCAAGAAAGAGUCCAGCCAGUCCAAGCCGAACCUGUACGGGGCCUGCUCGGAGUCGGAACUGCUCGAUGGGGACACGGCCAUUCUGCCCAUUUUCCGGAAGUUGCUCAACGAAAAGGACUCGAGAUAUCGCACGCGGAACACCGUUGGGGCCAGCUGCCCGAAUAUAUCGAUUAAAUGUGAUAUUGUUGAGUAUCUGUAAGGUGUGCGUGUGUGUCGAUCGGUUUCUUUGUUAUUGGUUUGGUCUUGAAUUUGAAUCUAAUCAUAUGUCUGCAUCGAAAGCAAUUCUCUAGAUUUUCCUGGAAAAAAAUCUUAUUUUUUAAGAAAAUGUCCCACAAAAAUAUUUGUCUUAUGGGUGUCUUCUAUAGCAAGGCACCUUAAUUCGUAUCGUUUGGGGAGGGCCUCGUGGCGCGGUGGUUAGCGACUGUGGCUGCCGAUCCCUUAGUUGCUAUGAGGCGCGGGUUCGAUUCCCGCCUUAUCCACCUGGCCUUCUAUCGGAUGGGGAAGUAAAACGUCGGUCCAUUAGCGUAAAAGAGGUUUUGGGUAACUCACCACACAUAAACAUUCAGAUGCUUAUGCAGAAAUGAGCAGAAACUUGCUUUUUUUCGGGUGGUUCAGACUGUAAAGUCUUUCAAUCCCGGCGCGUAUUUUUGAGAUUUCAAAUCUUGUUCAACAACUCUAUGAAUCAUUUUACUUCUAGCAUCUAGAUCGUAUACCUUCGAGAGAUCGAGUUUACCUAAUUAGGUUUUACGCCGACUCGGUUUUUAGGUUAGAAAUUUGACAGCUUGUGCACUGUUUACAUUUUUUGCA